AUGGAUGAGUGGUUCUUCUUCAUCCUGUAUUCUUUGGCUGGAAAAUGGAAAAUAUCAUUCAGUGAACCUGACUGCACAGAGUACGUCCCACAGAACCACCACACCGCCUGCGCCCUCUCAGCCGAGGAGGCCGCCUGCACCCUCGCUUAUGUCGUGACAUUGCACAAAGAGUUUGAGACCUUCUAGCUUUUCUUCAGGGAGUUGUUCAUGCCCUGGAAUGUCUACUGUGUUCAUGUGGGUCAUUCAAAGAGCUAUUCCCCUUCCAGCAGGCAGCGCUCCUUUCUCAGCACCUCCCUUGUUUCCUGGGCAAACCGGGUGGUCUAGGGCAGCAUCUCCUGCCUGUGGACUGACCUCCACUGCACGAGAGACCUGUUGGCCUUGGCCAUGCCCUGGUGCUACCUACUCAACACCUGUGGUCAGGAUCUCUCUUUGAAUAACAACAGGGAGGUCAUCCAGCUGCUGAAGGGCCUUGGGGGCAAGAACAUCACAUCCAGGGUGCUGCCACCUCCCCACGUCACCACCUGCACCAAAUAUGUGCACAGGGAGUAACUUUACUCUUCCUUUUCUUUCAUGCUGUGGAACAUUUGUGCGCAAGAUGCCCCCGGCCACAACUUGACCAUCUAUUUUGGCUCUGCAUACAUGGCCAUCACCAGGCCCUUUGUGGGGUUCGUGCUGCAGGACCAGCAUGUUCUUGAUCUGCUGGCACAGCCCGAGGACACCAACAGCUGUGAGGGACACUUCUGGGUGAUGCUCAGCAGGAUCCAGAAGCCUCUGGUAGGACUCUACUGCUCCUGACUCCAUAGAGCUUCACAGCAGCCCAAAGCAAGGAUAUGACGAAUGGAAGCACAGAAGCAGGCAGAAGAGGGUGGAAUGAUAUUCUCAGUGUCUUAAAGCAGACCGUGGGCAAAGCCAGCGCUGGUACACUGACACCUGACUCCUGGUCUAAUGCACUGGACUAAACUGCUUUUUCAGAACUGGUUCACCUGUGGAAUAACAGAGUCUGGUUCCACUGUCACCUCUGCUCUCUUUGCUAAGGGUGUCCCAGGAUCCAUGACCAAUACAUCAUGGGGUGGUGACCUGGAAGUGGUGAAAUGGGUUGAUAUGAAAGAGACCCAUGGAGGUUGUCAUGGUAAUGUGUACAUUUUUCUCCAUUUCUUGUUCCUGUGCUAGCAAUAAAUAUUUUAUUUCAAGAAACCUUAA